AUGUCCUGCUACGACCUGUGCCCCCCCAGGACCAGCGCUGACCUGUGCCCCCCCAGGACCAGCGUGGCCGUGCCCCAGCCCAUCGCUGAGAGCUGCAACGAGCUGUGCGCCCGCCAGUGCCCCGACUCCUCGGCCUUGAUCCAGCCGCUGCCCGUGGUGGUCACCUUCCCCGGGCCCAUCCUCACCUCCUUCCCCCAGCAGGCCGUGGUGGGCUCCUCCGGAGCACCGGCCUUUGGCGGCUCCCUGGGGCUGGGCGGCCUCUACGGCACCGGCUCCACCCAGGCCUCGGGGGGCCUCUGCACCUUUGGCAGAGCCUACGCUGCUCCCGCCUGCAGCCCUUGCGCCCUGCCCCGCUACAGCAAGAAGUUCUGGGACACCUGCGGGCCAUGCUAG